AUGAACAUUCUAGAAAUCAACGAGAAAUUGCGCCCCCAGCUGGCAGAGAAGAAACAGCAGUUCAGAAGCCUCCAAGAGAAAUGUUUUGUAACUCAACUGGCCAGCUUCCUGGCCAACGGACAGAAGAAAUACAAAUAUGAAGAGUGCGAAGACCUCAUAAAAUCUAUGCUGAGGAAUGAGCGACGACAGUUCAAGGAGGAGAAGCUUGCGGAGCAGCUCAAGCAAGCUGAGGAGCUCAGAACGGAUCACUCAACCCUUUCUACUCUUAAAUUUUCUCUACCGUCUCACCUUAGGCAAUAUAAAGUCCUGGCUCACUCUCAGGAACGAGAGCUGACCCAGUUAAAGGAGAAGUUACGGGAAGGGAGAGAUGCCGCCCGCUCAUUGAAUGAGCAUCUCCAGGCCCUCCUCACUCCGGAUGAGCCGGACAAGUCCCAGGGGCAGGACCUCCAAGAACAGCUGGCUGAGGGGUGUAGACUGGCACAGCAACUUGUCCAAAAGCUCAGCCCAGAAAAUGACGAAGAUGUUCAAGUUGAGGAGGCUGAGAAAGUGCAGAAAUCAUCUCCCCCCAGGGAGGUGCAGAAGGCUGAAGAGAGCAAAGUCCCUGAGGACUCACUGGAGGAAUGUGCCAUCACUUGUUCAAAUAGCCACGGCCCUUGUGACUCCAACCAGCCUCACAAGAACAUCAAAAUCACAUUUGAGGAAGACGAAGUCAACUCACCUCUGGUUGUAGACAGAGAAUCCUCUCAUGGUGAAUGUCAGGAUGCUCUAAACAUUCUCCCAGAAUAUGAAGAGUGCGAAGACCUCAUAAAAUCUAUGCUGAGGAAUGAGCGACGACAGUUCAAGGAGGAGAAGCUUGCGGAGCAGCUCAAGCAAGCUGAGGAGCUCAGGCAAUAUAAAGUCCUGGCUCACUCUCAGGAACGAGAGCUGACCCAGUUAAAGGAGAAGUUACGGGAAGGGAGAGAUGCCGCCCGCUCAUUGAAUGAGCAUCUCCAGGCCCUCCUCACUCCGGAUGAGCCGGACAAGUCCCAGGGGCAGGACCUCCAAGAACAGCUGGCUGAGGGGUGUAGACUGGCACAGCAACUUGUCCAAAAGCUCAGCCCAGAAAAUGACGAAGAUGUUCAAGUUGAGGAGGCUGAGAAAGUGCAGAAAUCAUCUCCCCCCAGGUAACACUGAAUACUCAGGAGCAAGUAAUGGGUGGUAACACAUGAAAAUGUCUAGGAGGCACACCCUCUCUGGCAUCUAUGGUGGGCCAAAAGCCCGCAUCCCCUUGGCCACAGUAUGUGAAAUUGAACCCAGCUUAGACACAGGGUGCGGCAGCUGUCGUGUUUCUCUAUGUGUGCCAAGUGUCAUGCCUGUACCAUACAGGGAUGGCUGAGUCUUCAUCCUCCUCAGCUCCUAUCUGUCCAGUGCACUGAACACCAGCUGCUCUCUUCCUCUCUGGCUCCCAUGGCAGCCAUGCUCUGUUGCAGAGAGAAGAGGAUUGCCUGUUCCCUCUUUAAGGGAACCUCCAUUUUGCUUUCUGGGACCACUCUCUUAAUGCCGCCUGUCAAAACCAGCUAGGACUCCCUGGGGUCCAAUCCCUCUGUGUUUAAUCUUCUGUCAUCUCUGUCCCACCUGGCUCAACAGGGAGGUGCAGAAGGCUGA